AUGUCGGCAUCCCUACCUGGCAUCCGGGCCCUGCCCGACUCCCAGUAUGACCUCAACACAUACUGGGGUCGGGUGCAACAUGCCGCAGGACUUACUGACCCGAGGACUCUGUUUGCGGGAUCCUCCGGCCUUGAGAAGGCGAAGCGGCUGGUGGUUGACUACAAGGAAGGCCGUGUUCAGAACAUGACGCCUGAGCUGUGGCAAGCCAAGAAGAUUGUCGACUCGACUCUUCAUCCUGACACUGGCGAGCCGGUCCUGCUGCCGUUCCGUAUGUCUUCCUUUGUGCUCUCUAACCUUGUCGUAACGGCCGGUAUGCUUCAGCCGGGCCUUGGCACUCUGGGAACGAUAGGAUGGCAGGUCGCCAACCAGUCGCUCAACGUCGCGAUCAAUAGCGCCAAUGCCAACAAGUCGUCUCCUCUUAGCUACGCCCAGCUCGCCCAGUCCUACUUCAUGGCCGUCACAGCCUCCUGCUCCGUGGCCGUGGGUCUCAACAAGCUCGUGCCCCGCCUCAAGAGCAUCUCGCCCGCCACCAAGACGAUCCUCACCCGUCUCGUGCCCUUCGCCGCCGUGGCUUCUGCCGGUGCCCUCAACGUCUUCCUCAUGAGGGGCGAGGAGAUCCGCAGGGGCAUCGACGUCUUCCCUGUCCUCUCUGACGAGGACAAGCUCAAGCUGGCCGCCGACGGCAAGUCCGAGUCCGACGUCGCUUCCCUCGGCAAGAGCAAAAAGGCUGCUACCCUGGCCAAGACGGAGUGGUUGAAGCGUCGGCCCCAGCUCACCAUCCCUAUCAAUCUCGGUCUCAUUCUCGGAACCUCAUUCGCCGUGCUCCCCCUCGCGCUGGCUGCGUUCCCCCAGAGACAGAGCAUCCAGGCGGAGAGCCUCGAGCCCGAGUUCCACGGUAAGGGCGGAAAGGAUGGCCUUGUUGUGUUCAAUAGAGGAAUCUAG